ACUAAAACACCCAUAUGGAUAUUCUUGAAUCUUGACAACCAUUUUCCCUCUUUCUCCCUCGACUCUGCAACUGCAAGGCCACUCUCAAAUCUCAAUCCCCAUAUCCGCAAAAGGGCAAAAUCCAGUGAUUAAUUAAAACCCAAAAAGGAAAGAAAACAAAGAAGAGGAAGAGGAGCUAGGACUCAGUACAGCAAUGCCACACCUGCUCUUCAACGCCCAGUAUCCACCACUCACGCCACCCUUAUCCCAUCACCGCCGUCCACCGUUUCGCACCCAGAAUCCAACGGCAUGGAUUCACUCAGCAAGGCCCAUAGGCCUGCCUUCUUUGCAGCCCACAGUUGGCUCUACGAUACGGUGCAUGGCGAACCCGCGGAGAGUGAAGAUGGUGGCCAAGCAGAUACAAAGAGAGCUCUCCGACAUGCUCCUCACUGACAAGGUCUUGCAGUACGCUAUUCUCCCUGAAGCUUCUUUGGGAGCCGACCGGUACCUCUCUUCCCUCACCACCAUUAGUGAUGUUGAAGUCUCAGGUGAUUUGCAGGUGGUUAAAGUGUAUGUAUCUGUAUUCGGUGAUGAAAGAGGGAAGGAGCUUGCCAUUGCUGGUUUGAAGGCAAAAGCUAAGUAUGUCCGAAGUGAGUUGGGGAGACGUAUGAAGUUGCGGCUAACUCCUGAGAUAAGAUUUAUAGAAGAUGAGUCAAUAGAGAGAGGAAGCAGGGUAAUUGCAAUAUUGGACAAGUUAAAGAAUGAGAAAAAGACCAAAGACAGCCAAGAUGAAGAGCAAUUUAAUUCACCUGAUGUGUCUCAAGAGGACGGAGACUGGGAAGGUGAUGACCCUGAUGAAGACAUUAUUUACGUAAACUAGUAUCUCCAUAGCUGCUCAACAACGAGAGCUUUGUGAAAUGGAGUAUGGCUAUGCUGUUCACAGGAUGAGGACUUCAGUCAUUCGCUAAGAAGCUGGACAGAAGCAAUAUAUUGCAUGAAUCCCCGGCAUCUGAAUUGCUUGACAUCAACCAACCAUGUGAAAUUAUCCCCAACUUUGUUUUGCUGCUCAUCUGGAAUAGUUAGUGUUUUAUAUGAUCUUCUGAUUGACUUGUUUACAAUGAGUGCAAGCAUUUUGCUGCGAAGUGGUGUUCAUAGCAUACAAAAGUUGUAAAAAUGUUUGUCACAUCCCUCCUAUGUCUUAUAGCUUGUUGCUAAUUUUGUAAACUAAGAUUUGAAUUUCUGAUUGACUCAACUCAUAUUCAGUUGGGCUAAGGUGCUUCUGCUCCCUAACUUGAGUAUAAAAACAAACUUCACUUGGGAUC